ACCUGACCCGAACUCAACAACAGCUGAAGCUCAGGAAGGGCAAGGAGCCACUCAGACAGAAGGGCUCUUGGUGUUUCUUUCUUACAAAGUCUCACUCAGACGUGUCGAAGGUGGCGAUCGACCAAGCCUGGCGAUGGCGGCCCGGUCUAUUUGGACUUGUUUGGUUGUGGCUGCGCUUGUGAAUACAAUAGUGCAAGUCAGUGGAAAUGAAGAGUCUCUGCUCAUGGCAGAUAUUUUUAAGAACUACAAUAAGAACAUCCGGCCAGCAAAGCAUCCUGAAGACAAGGUGGACGUUCAGGUCAAACUCACCCUCACCAACCUCAUCUCCCUGAACGAGAAAGAAGAGACGCUGACCACCAAUGUAUGGAUCGAGAUCCAAUGGCGUGACUAUCGCCUGGCGUGGAACACCUCGGAGUACUACGGCAUCGACAUUAUCCGCGUACCCUCCACCACUGUGUGGCGGCCAGAUAUAGUACUGGAGAACAACAUUGAUGGGAAAUUUGAUGUCGCAUACUAUGCUAAUGUGCUAAUCUAUAGUGAUGGCUCCAUGUACUGGUUGCCCCCAGCCAUCUACCGCAGCACCUGCUCUAUAGAGAUCACCUACUUCCCAUUCGACUGGCAGAACUGCACGCUGGUCUUCAGGUCUCAGACAUACAGCGCUAACGAGAUCAACAUGAUCUUGGCCGUCGAUGGCGAGACCAACAAGCCCAUUGAGUGGGUGGAUAUUGACCCUGAGGCCUUCACUGAAAACGGUGAGUGGGCUAUCAAGCAUCGGCCGGCACGCAAACUUACCAACCCCCGCUACUCCCCGGACGACCUGGAGUACCAGGAGGUCUAUUUCAACCUCAUUAUCCAGAGGAAACCCCUCUUCUACAUCAUCAACAUCAUUCUGCCCUGCUCGCUCAUCUCCUCACUCGUCGUACUGGCCUACUUCAUGCCUGCUAAGGCGGGAGGACAGAAGAUAACGGUGUCCAUCUCCGUCCUCCUGGCUCAGACUGUCUUCCUCUUUCUGAUCGCUCAGAAGAUUCCAGAAACGUCUCUGUCUGUACCUCUUAUUGGAAAGUACCUGAUCUUCGUCAUGUCCGUCACCACACUCAUCGUCACAAACUGCAUCAUCGUUCUCAACUACUCAUGCCGGACCCCGAGCACCCACAGCAUGCCUCGCAAAAUCAAACAUAUUUUCCUGGAGGUAAUCCCUCGGUUCCUGGGUAUGACCCCACUGGUGGAAGAGGGAGAGGAAGCUGGAGGGAUGGACGGAGUAAGGGAGAGGAGACGCAGCUCAUUUGGCCUGAUGCAGCGGGCGGAGGAGUACGUGCUGAAGCAGCCGAGGAGCGAGAUGAUGUUCGACAAGCAGAGAGAGAGACAUGGACUCACGCGAUCGUUUGUGGACGCUAUAGAUGUGAGCACCACGGCCAGUCUGUAUAAGAGUUUGGCUCAAGCAGCACCAGAGAUUAAAGAGUGUGUGGACGCCUGCAACUUCAUUGCAGAAAACACAAGGGAACAGAACGACAUUGGCUCUGAGAUGGAGAGCUGGGUGUUGAUCGGAAAGAUGAUCGAUAAAGUCUGCUUCUGGGCGGCCAUCUUGCUUUUUUCCAUCGGAACGGUGGCCAUCUUCCUCAUGGGCCAUUUCAACCAGGUCCCAGAGUACCCUUUCUCUGGGGAAAAUAAAAAAUAUGCUCCCGAGUAAAGGGUGAGCCGUUCCUGCUCCUGCUGGUCUCUCAGAAAAAAAGAGACACUGAGAAAGAGAGAGAGAGAGAGAGAGAGAGAGAGAGAGAGAGAGAGAGAGAGAGAGAACACUAGCACAGUUUUAGACAUAUACAGAAUGCGAUGUGCAGUUUAUUAGCAUUUAAUGAUGCUAAUCUUAGAGGUUUUGGCAUGAGUCCAAUUCAGAAAAGCAUACUACCCACCCUUCACUGCAUGUCCCAUGCAAGAACAGAAGCUUCAGUUAUGUCCCAAAGCACAUUCUUCUAAUGGUAUGUCAAAAUAAGUACUCCACCUACAGAAACAAUGGCAUAAUAUUCUCAGACACAAUUUAAAGGUGCAGUUUGCAAUGUUCAAAAGUAUUUAUACAGCUGUAGUAAUUACAUAGUUCAAAGGGGAAACGUGUGAUUUACGGUAUUGCCAUGCAAUGGACCCUGGUUAGUCUCUUAUUUUAAAGCUUUUGUUUACAUUUCUUUCUGGCCCUGAAAGAAAUCUCCUUCAGCUGGAACAGAGCCAUGUAGGAAGAUGUCAUUUCAGUAGAGAAGAUGCGGUUCGGUUGAUGACUUAGGGAAGGAUUUUUCAUUUAAUCUCUCAAGCAACAGAGAGCUCUAAAAAAAAAAAGAAAAGAAAAAAAAAGAAAAGCUAACCGCUUCUUUAAUAUGUGAUUUCAGACGUAGUUGCGGUCAUCUUCGGUUUAUUUAUAUUAUUUGCAGAACUCAUGGAAUGUGAAGUAUUCCACAAAGCUUAAUGUGUUUUGAAAUACAAUGAUGGCUUUUACAAUGCUUCUCCAAUUGUGGGUGAGGUGUUUAUUUCUCUUAAUAUUCUAUAGUAACAGUGAUUAAAUUGUUCAAAUUGUGUUUGAUUUUUUUUAACGAGACUGUAGAAGUGUACUGGCUUGUUUUUGUUUGUUUUGUUUUUUUGCUUUAUUUCAAAUUUCUUUCGUGUUUUCAUACUUUUUGUUACCAUUGGGAUGUUUGUGAAGCAUUAUUUUCUAUUUGCUUCUGAAGAUGUAGCCUAUCCUCUUCUCUAUUACUUAACGAGGCUACUUAGCGCAGUGACUUAAACCUUACAUAUGCAACUACUGUCAGAUCUGCAAUUAUAGAACACAAGUCAACACCUUCUGACCAGCCAGAUUCGAGAUAUCAACAAUUUACAGAUGAUCCACUUUAAAUGGAACUACAAAUUGUCGUUCUAAAAAACAAUCAACUACGGAUUGGUGAAAUCGACUCGGCUUUGCGUUGGGCUGCAUCACACCACCCCGUAGUUGAUUAUUUUCCCAUAAGAGCAACCCCUGGUGGUGUUUUCUUCCUUACAUAACAUCAGGUGUGCUUCCAGUUUUGAGAAAUGUCAUCGAAGAACCAUUUUUGAACAUUUUGGUCAACUGUUUUUGUUGUUUAAAAUAAAAAGAAAUAAAUAAUUAA